AUGGGUGACUACUCGAAAGCUCUAGAAUUUUAUGACAAAUCACAUCAAAUUCUAGAAAAAGCUCUGCCACCGACUCAUCCAGAUUGGGCUACUUCCUACAACAACAUCGGUCUGACGUAUAACAAGAUGGAUGUUUACUCGAAAGCGCUUGAAUUUUACGAAAAAGCACAUCAAAUUAAAGAAAAAGCUCUGCCUCCGCAUCAUCCUCAUUUGGCUAGUUCAUACAAUAACAUCGGUGGAGUGUAUAAUGACAUGGGUGACUACUCGAAAGCACUUGAAUUUUACGAAAAAACACAUAAAAUCUACCAAAAAGCUCUAUCUCCCAAUCAUCCCGAUUUGGCUACUUCCUACAACAACAUCAGCUCGACGUAUCAUGGCUUGGGUAAUUACGCAGCAGCUCCUAAGGCUACUACAUAUGCUUUUCAAAUUAGACAAAAUGCAUUUCAAGAAGAUAAUCUAGCUUGUGCUUUUACAUACAACUGGGCCCUCGCAAUAUUUCAACAAAUGUUACCUGAAAGGCAUCCCAAUCCGGCUAUUAUAUACAGUAAUAUUGGUGAUAUUCAUCGAUUAAUGGGUGAUUAUGAAAGGACACUCUCGUUUCACCGAAAAGUAUUAAAUAUUCAAGAGAAAGUUCGAUGUAAUCCUCUGGAAUGUGCAACAACAUAUACAAAUUUAGAUGAAACAUAUCGAGAAAUGAAAGAUUAUUCAACAGCAUUGACAUAUUUCGAAAAAGGAUUAGAAAUACGUGAAAAGAACCUACCAAAAAACCAUCCUGAUGUAGCUGUAAUCUAUCAUAAUAUAGCGAAAUUAUAUUUGUCCACUGGAAAAUAUAUUGUAACAUUAAAUUUAGCUGAUGAUUCAGGUACAUCGAUUUUACAUCUUAAUUUAACUGGUUAUUCUAAUUUUAAUGAUUAG